AUGAUGGCGAGCACCAGCACGGCCUCCGCGACGGCCGUGGCCGGCGCGUUCGCCGCCGCCGGCGCCAACAGGCCGCGGGGCUCCGCUGCCUGCCCGAGGGUGCCCGCCGGCGGGCGGCAGCGGCUGUCCUGCGUCGUGCGGUGUGACGCCGGCCCCGGGGUCCAGGCCCAGGCGGCGGCCAAGGCGGCCAGCGUCGCCGCGCUCGAGCAGUUCAAGAUCUCCGCCGACCGCUACAUGAAAGAAAAGAGCAGCAUUGCUGUAAUAGGCCUCAGUAUACACACAGCACCGGUUGAGAUGCGUGAAAAGCUCGCGGUCGCAGAAGAGCUAUGGCCCCGUGCUGUUGCAGAGCUAACCAAUCUUAAUCAUAUCGAAGAGGCUGCUGUUCUUAGUACCUGCAAUCGAAUGGAAAUUUAUGUGGUCGCUUUAUCCUGGAACCGAGGCAUUAGAGAGAUUGUAGAUUGGAUGUCAAAGAAAAGUGGGAUCCCUGUUUCCGAGCUCAGGGAGCACCUCUUUAUGUUGCGUGACAGUGAUGCGACGCGCCAUCUGUUUGAGGUUUCUUCUGGGCUCGACUCUUUGGUUCUUGGAGAAGGACAAAUACUUGCCCAGGUUAAACAGGUUGUCAGAAGUGGGCAAAACAGUGGAGGCUUGGGGAAGAACAUUGAUAGGAUGUUCAAGGAUGCAAUCACAGCAGGAAAGCGUGUCCGCUCUGAGACCAACAUAUCAUGUGGCGCCGUGUCGGUUAGCUCAGCUGCGGUUGAAUUAGCCCUGAUGAAGCUUCCAAAGUCUGAAUGCUUGUCAGCUAGGAUGCUUUUGAUUGGUGCUGGCAAAAUGGGGAGGUUGGUUGCCAAGCAUUUGGCUGCAAAAGGAUGCAAGAAGGUCGUUAUCGUGAACCGCUCAGUUGAAAGGGUGGAUGCCAUCCGUGAAGAGAUGAAAGACAUCGAGAUUGUGUACAGACCUCUCAAAGAGAUGUAUGAAGCUGCCGCCGAUGCAGAUGUCGUGUUCACGAGCACCUCAUCUGAAUCUCCAUUGUUCACCAAGGAGCACGCAGAAGCACUUCCUCCUGUUUCUUGUGCCCUUGGCGGUGUUAGGCUUUUCGUCGACAUAUCCGUCCCGAGGAAUGUCAGCGCCUGCGUGUCUGAUGUUGGCCAUGCACGAGUGUACAAUGUUGAUGACCUGAAAGAGGUGGUGGAAGCCAACAAGGAAGACCGGAUCAGGAAAGCAAUGGAGGCCCAAACAAUCAUUUCAGAAGAACUGAAGCGGUUUGAGGCUUGGAGGGACUCUAUGGAGACCGUUCCAACCAUCAAGAAGCUGAGAUCAUACGCCGAUAGGGUCAGGGCUUCAGAGCUUGACAAGUGCCUGCAGAAGAUCGGAGAAGAUGCUCUGACCAAGAAAAUGAAAAAAUCCAUCGAGCAGCUCAGUACUGGCAUAGUGAACAGACUUCUCCACGGCCCAUUGCAGCACCUGAGAUGCGACGGCACCGACAGCCGCACCCUUGAUGAAACACUUGAGAACAUGCACGCCCUCAACAGGAUGUUUGGCCUCGACACCGAGAAGGCGGUCAUGGAGCAGAAGAUCAAGACAAAGGAUUUAUGUUUUUCCUAUUCCUGUGAAUCAAUCACUCAAUCCCGCAAAGUUCUUGUGUUUAUAUAA